AUGGUCGACACGACUAGCCCUAAGCUUCACGUUAUUUACGCUGGCCGUGGAGACGCGCUGGUACUUGAGCUUACCGUACCGAGUCGGGACGACCCAAAUCGGCGCGAGAGGAGAUUUGUCAUCCUAGAUGGUGGUCCUUCAAACGCUUCAUUCCAAGGUGGCGCGGCUCCGUAUUCAAAGUAUUUCAUCUCGAGUGUCAAGUCAAUCUAUGGUGAUGGCCCCCUCCGCCCCUCGGCCAUCAUUAACUCACACACCGAUGAUGAUCAUUAUGAGGGUAUUCUGAAGUUGUUCAAGACUUCACUGCCUUCAGUUUAUCAGGAUCCCAAAGCUCUUCCGAAUCCACCGCCGGACAUGUUGUUUAAUGGAGAUUUUAUUCUGCCGCGAGCUAGAGAGUUGAAGUCGUCCACUCUGGACAAGAAAAGAAAUUCGCUAGCUUUAGAUACCUUUAAAGAGGUUCUCAGUCCUAAGAAGUUUAAGGAAAGACUAAACGCUGCGGAUAAUAAUCCUCUUGGAGAUCAAGGAAUUCAAAUUGGAUACCCCAAACUUAAUGACUUGUUGAUUUUUUCGCGAGAUGAUGGGAAAAAGAAAACUAAACUCGUGGACAACCUGGUCGACCUGGAGGCAGCGGCUGAUGGAACUGGAAGAUACCCCCGAGAGCUUCUUCGGUUGAUCCCUAAAGUGGCCGAUCUGGAUGAGUCGAACACCAACCUCAGCAGUCUCGUCAUGUGGACCGAUCCGAAUCUGACACAGGGUUGCAUUGCCGCUACCGGUGACAAUGUUGGCUAUCGCAUUGCGAAGCAUCUUACUCCAACAACGAUGGAAGUGUACAAGAUCCAACAUCAUGGCAGUCUGCGAAACUCGCAGCUUGUUGGGAAAGAUGGUAGAGGAAACUUGAUUGGAGAUGCUCAACAUCUUAAUCUCACGGACCACGCCGUUGCCAUUGAAUGCUCGAUGCGCGAGCUUGCCGAACAUGCCUGGGGGAGCGACUACGAGUUACAGGACGGCCACAUUCCGUCAAAUAGGUUGUCAUUCUUCUGUCCUGCAGCUUUAACUCCGGAGAGACAGGAAACUCUCAAAGCUGCUUGUAGAUCGCACAAUCUCCGCGCCGUAAACGCUUUCUUCAACUACGACACAGCACAAGGGCAUCUUGUACCUUCGGAUUACUGGUCACUCUGGUGCUGGCAAGGUACCAAUAUGCCUACGAAGUACUGGCUCGCUUAUUACACCAAUGCGGACUCGCUUCGUCGUGUGAUGGACUUCUAUAAUCGUUUCGAUUCGCAGACAUAUGUCGUUAGCGCUAAUGGCAGUCACGGGCAUCCUAGUCCCUCAGUAAUUGCUGGCCUGGCGCUUGUGGUGGCUUCACGUGAGCAGCAUCGCUGCCUCUUUGUCACUAGCGGCUUUGCAUUAUCCACGGAGCCAAUCUACGGACUGAUAUACUGGGCCUACAGAGCCUCAAAGAAAACCGAUGACGAAGCACAAGCUCUGGUAGAAGCCACCGUUGGAGCCAAUGGAUUCCUAGCCAUAAGAUGUCUUGCACAUGGCGUGUAUAUGUCUAUUGAUGGCGGCAAUGCUUUCAAGGGCACCGCAAGCGAGAGGGAUUACCUGCAACGCUCCAUCCCAGUGUCCAUAUCCGCCGGAGUGGAUGGUUUGGAUAGCCUGUACAAAGCUCUUGAGACCGACAAAACCGUCCUACCAAAACGCCCUGGCGGUGGUGCAUUCUACAUUAUCCAGUGCAAGAAUGAUAGGUGGAAUCAUCUGACGCUUGACUUGAGCAACAUGCCCAAUGAGCCGCGGGUCGUUCCGUCUCAGCAGCCGCAACUACAAAGGGUCCAAGAGAGCUGGGAAACAGACAACCCACUUAACUUCGACAGCGAUCAUGCCGCAAUCCAUAUUUGCCCUAUAGGUUACGAUGGGGAACCGUACACAUUCUGGGUUCAUGGCGAUCCAAAGAGUGGCUAUUCCUUUUCUUUCUUGCUACAUGGCUCAAGAUGUUAUCUGUGCCUUUACUCAGAUAAGCCAAACACAUUCCUGCCAGAUGUCUCGCAGUCACAUACCUUCGACCCUGCUACUUUCGAUCUAGUAUUCCUUACCAAGGCCCAGUACGAAACACUGGAAAGCCAGCCAAAUUUAUUCCAUGUUGAGCCGUUGCUCUUCUCUUUUACACAAUCUCUUUCACCACCACUCAUUAUACCUAGCAAUUUCGUGCAAGCUGGUUUGGGUUCCCGUUCACUUCUGGCAGAUUCACAGUUGAACACGAUUCGCCCUGCUCUCGAGACUCAGAAUUCACUGAAGGUGCCAUCCACUAAACUGAAAGCUACUCUGAAUGCUUCUAAAGCUCCUAUAAGGCCUGAAGCUGUCACUGUCCAUACUGAUCCGCCCGCCUCCAUCGAGUCAUCAGGGCAACCUCAGGUGAGGCUAGGACCUCAGACAUCAUCUCUCCAGGCAUUCUGCGAAGUUGCGUCAAUCCUUUACGACACACCUCCCCAACCAUGGACUGUUCUCCAUACCAUGACUGUUCUGCUUGGUUCUCGAAACUUGGCUCAGCUCAAAAUGAAGCAUUCUCUUGAGACGGCCAUAUUCAGCGCAAAGAUUCGCCCUGAAGCUAUCACUGUGACAUUCGAUACGACAGGCUAUAGCACCUUAGUCCGCGGAGCCAACAUUGCGUUUAUAGCCCCAACGAAUGCUGCUGUCAAGAUCAAUGAUGUUGCGUUGAGUGUCAAGGAAGGCCUCGUGCGUAUUGACUGGCCACAAGGAAAUGGGAUCUCUGUCACCAAUGAUCUCAUGCUCGGGGGUGAUGGCACAAUGUCAAUCGGUUUCAAACACACAGUAUUGCCAUCAGACACCUCCCUACAGUCUUGCAGUCUCAAAGUGGCCCUGGACACGAUAUGCAAAAAUUCCAGCCCUCCAAUGGCCACAGAUUGGAAGACACUGGCUUUGCCGAAGCUCCUGGCCUUCCUCACCAACCGCUCACCUCAAGAAAUGACUGAUUUCUUGAUGGAUCGCCUACCCGAGAUCAUGAUUCAUCGCCGUUUCCUGCAGCAGCUCGUAGAUGUGAACCGUUCUACAGCGUUUGUCUUGCCAUCGCCCAUUGGCGAUUUCGUUGUCAAAGAGGCCAAGCUAUUUCCUAGCUCAGCGAUAUUGAUAGAUGCUAUCAAGGAGGCAAUCAGCGUAACAAAUGCCCCAGUUAAGCUUGAGGAUGUCAAAGUUACUCUUAAGAACGGUGGGAUGCCGGGAGAGACAAUCGUACUGACAGGUGGCGUCGCGAUCUCUAACCUACUGCUCAACUUCGAAGUUGACAUGACCAAAGCGCCACCCAUCGAAUCGCCGACCGCCACUGCCGUGUCAUGGAAGUUUACAGCUCAGAAAGCAGAUGAGCCGCUUCCUAACAUUUCACAACUAUGGAAGUCUACCAAACAAGGUGCUGGAGGGUUAGAGUUGAACGAAUUCAGUCAAAAGAAAUCACUCCCGUUUUCCUCAUCUCCCUUAUCCAAGCUCAAGUAUAGUGGGAUCGGGUUUAUUGUGAGCCAGCCGGUACCUCGAAUUGCAAAGUACAAGGUGGCAAGUAUCUUUGCGGCUACAUCUCUGAGCGACUGGCAAGGCUUGCUUCCCUCUUCUAUUGGUCAACUUGUUCGCAAGGCUGAUGGAAAAACGUCUUUUGACACAACGGCAUAUGUGGAGAUUAGGAACCCCCUUGAGGCAAGCCUCCGUGCCUGGGCAGUUGUUAUUAAUUUUGAAGUGAACUUUACUGCCUCCUCACCUACGGGAACGCAACAGCCAGGACAGCACUAUACAGUGGCUGCUAGUCUGGCAGCGGAACCAAUUGCAGGAACAUCUGCAUAUGAUUACCAUGUAUCUAUCUCGGGUUCCGACAAUGGCGUAACGGUGCCUCAGCUCGCCCAGGCAGUCGGUUACAGCAAGGAAAUCGCGACACUUACCGAAACUCUUCCAAUGUUGGGUGCGCUGGAGAAAUUGCAUCUCAAAUCCUUUCGUAUCAGCUUGGAGCAGAGUCAAAAGUCAGCGGGCGUUAUUAGCCCAUUCACUCUUGGUGACUUUACACUAAGUGUAACAGUGCAGGAUCUCCCAAUCUAUAAGAAGAUCCACUUGAUCACUGCUGAGGUUGCUCUGGAGUAUUGUGACAACACAUGGGAGGGUCGUCUCCAUGCUGUGCUUGGUGUUGAUAAGAAGCGACUCAAGGCGGAUUUGAUUUUACCCCAAGUCAAUAUUCCUGGCUACAUCGAGAUCAUAGCACCAGAAGGGUUGAAGAUUGGAGAUGUUCUCAACUCAAUUGACGUGCAAUCCCUGGAACUAGAGCAGCUUCCAUUUACACAGCUCGCCAACGCUGCCGCCAGUGUUAGUUUGGACCGUAUUAGUCUUGACCUUGAAAGACAGGACACGUCAAUCGUGGUAUCAGGUGGAACACUCGAGUUGAGCUUGCUUGAUCUGGAUAUAGCCCGCAUCUCGAUGUGUGAUGCCAACGUCAAGUUCAAAUGGGACACCGUACUUGAUGAGAAGACGAAGCUGUCCCAACGCUUCGUGGCCGUUGCUGUGGAGGCUACCACGACGGAUCGCAAUUUUAUAGCAUCUGUGACUUACGAUGCCUACAGCAAGACUCUCUCAGCAACCUUAUCUACUGUUAAGCCACGAACAGUCAGUGACUUGAUUAAGUUCAUAUUGCCGGACAUGGGUUCCAAUCAGCUUCUAGACAUGGUAGGUGGGCUUGGAGUUACUGAAGCUGCAGUCUCCUUCAGCGCGAAUGGUUUCAAGCCCACUUCGUUUUCCAUUUCUCUGGUCAACCAGGAAAACAUUAUCGUCGACCAGGUCAAAGUAAACGAACUGGAAGUAAGUUAUUUGGCCGCUGGGCAGGUAAGUCCGUCAAAUGACAACAAAGUCGUCAGUGCGACCGAGAACCUCCUCACAGUCAGAGGUACGACGGUUGGCAAAGGCGUAAAUGCGUCUAUCAACCUACUCGCUACCUGGGCUACCGGAGCAACUACCACUAUAUCUGUUGUUAUCAUGCCUCUCACACAAGACACCGAUGGAAGUUUGACGCUACCGAGCCUCGUGACCCUCUUCAAAUGGCCCAACAAGCUUCCAAACACACAACUACCUCCAAAUGCCCCAAACAUCAGCUUCCUGAAACUCAAUAUCAUACAUGCUUCUGGAAAGGUGUCCUUCUUAGCAAAGAACAACAACCCUAAGUCUUCAGGCAGCGUUCAGAUUGACUCCUUGACUAUUGUGGUUCAGUCCCAGGAGAAGUACCCACUGCCCGAUGUUCCUAAUGUUACCUUGGAGGGCCUUUCCCUCAAGCUUGAAUACGAUCGGAUGAGAACUGUGAAUCCGUUCAUGGGUAGUAUCUGGGCGUACUUGAGGCUACCCAAAGAUCUGAUCGUGGGACUUCGGUACACGGCCACUCAACAAGGCAGCGGCUGGAAACAUCAAUACAUCGGCAAUCUGAGAAUGAAGGAUUUUAAGGCGGAACCAGACAAACUUCUUACGUUCGACUCCAUAGUGAACCAGUAUCUUGGGCCAAACCAAAUCAGCAUUCCGCCCACCGUCGAGCUUCCAUCGCCUCUUGCUAUGACACUUGUUGGUAUGGCGUAUACCUCUGGUGAUAGGUUCGAGGUGUAUGGAGGGAACGAGAAUCUGGAUAAAGUCAUUGGAUCAUUUGGGGACUUGCAACUUAAGCUGACUGGAAUCGGAGGGCGGAUCAUCAAGCAGUUGGGCCCAAUCAACAAGUCAGUCGAGGCCACUGUCUACGGCUCACUCGUGCUUAAGUCCCUUACUUCCACAACAGCUGGAGCAGUUCUACAUGUGGCCUCUGGCUCUGAUAUGAACGGCUUGUUGACGGCUGAGCUCCAAAGGUUAGUGGCAAUUUCACCGACAGGAUCUGUGACUGGACAGACAAACCCCCCGCUACAGAAUCAGAUAUCGGAUCUCAUCGAUGCUGUCGGGGGUCAAGUAGGAGUUUGGAAAUCACUCGCACCCGGGAUCACAAGGCCGGAUAUGUCUUUAGCUUCAGGCAAUGCCUUUGCGAAGCUUCUAGUGGACUUCGGGCGGAGAAACAUGUUCAUCGCUGGCCGCAUCGAGAGUAUCGGACAGGCACUCUUGUGGAUCCGUCACUAUCCAGCCCAAAAUGACACAAAAACCGGCAAGUCAACAGGAAAAGGGACUUUCGGCUACCUAUUAUGCGUCUCACUCCACAGUAUCACAGCCUUAUGGCCUUCCUUGGCCAACGAGAAUGAGCUUGGUAGCAACUGGUUAUCCUUUGACAACGUAGGGAUUUCAGCUCAGAUAUCAUCUGAUGACAUCUCAGCCACUGAUAUGCAAGCUCAGCUUGACUUAAUCAACCGCGUCUUUCCUCCAACUGUCGGAAGUAAAGAGCCUCCAGCGAGCACCGCUUUGGCUGAUGCCAAAACGAAACUAGAAGAUUCAGCUGCGGAUGUCUCCAAGAGUAAUCCUUCUCCGAGUCCUGGAUCCACAGCUGUGUCAGGGACAACGGCCAAAGACAAUCCUUUGGUUCUCAAGGGCGCUCGUUUCCAAGCUCGUAUCUUACUUGACGACCACACUAUCUUGAGCAAGAUGCUAUCUCUCAGUUUUGAUGGCGAAGUAGGAAAACAGCCGAAAUUGACCUUUGAAGCAUUGAUCCCCCCAGAGGGGACCCCUGCAGCAUACAUGGUCACCGUCUCCGACUUCCGAAUGUUUGAAGGAUCUUUUGUCCUGCAGUACGCUCGUGGAUCCUACAUUGGUGGGACACAGCACAAGAUCCAAUUGCAGGGUCUUUUAAUCUUCCAUUUCGACGAGACACACAGAUACCAAUUCCUCGCCGAGUCCUGGACCAAGGAAGGAGAGACAGGGUUUGAGGUUUCGACGCCGGCCGUACAGUCGCAAGCAUCCUUUCCGACAGUCGUUAGUGCUGCAACCAGCAUGAAUAGUGGCAACACAGUGUCACCAGCCACGCCUGCAGACCCUGUCACGUUACCUCUUAAGCCCAUCGGUACGAGUUCACUUUACUUCCCACCGCCUCCGCCUGUAACCGGGCCUAUCCCCUCCGUAAAGCCAGAGGACAACAGCAAGAAUAGCCCAAGUACUGGUUCGGCGAGUACCACGGAGCCUCAAACCCUUGCAUUCCCCGAAAUGUUUGGCGUGUCUUUGAAGGUCUCCAAACUGAGGGGAACCAUAUUUGCCCCUAAUACUGGAACUGCCCCAUCUACCAAGAGGGUUUUCCACUGCGUGAUACAUGGGACGGUUGAUGUUUUCGGGUUGUCAGUUAUCGGACAGGUCGUGUUUAUCGGAGCGUCACCACGAGCUUUGGUCCUAUCCGUGUUCAAUGAAGUCCCAAUCAGCCGAGUCUAUAGCGAUCUCUUGAACGAGAAGUCUACUGGAGGGGUUUCGUGGCCCACUGAGUUUGACGAUAUCAAGCUCAAGUCAGCUCGCAUCUAUUACCUCAAGAGCGCAGAUGGUAAAGAUCAGAGUGUUCAAUUAGAUGGCAGCUCUGAUAAGGUUGAGCAUGCCGUAUCGCUGAUGUUGAAGGCGGGAUUCAACAUAGAUGCUGAUCUUGAGCUAUUCGAGAAACCCUUUGUCGUCAAUGUGGGCUUGAGCAAGAACGGUGUCAUUAUUAGCGGGUCUUAUAACGGUGAUAUUGACUUUGGCUUCUGCGUGUUUACCAAGGGAGUCAACAGUUCUGGGCCGCGUGUGCAGGUGUCGUCCUUGAGUGGGAGGAUGGUCAGUGGAAAACAGGUACCAGCAGAGAAAAAGUUCGAGAUGGCGUCUGGCAUGAGAAUCCUAAACCAUGAUGGCUUCGGGCUUUCGCUCCAACAAAGUUCAGGAGUAUGGAUUGGUAAAGCCAGCUACAGCAACUCCAUACCCCUCGGUGAUACAGAGAUCAAGGGUCCAUUUGAGCUCACAAUUCGAUACGAGAAAGGCCGCUUCUCCUUCAAUGGUCUACAUCUCGAGAAGAACCUGGAUAUUGACAUUGAAGAGGCUCUGCGCUUAGCCUCGAACAAAGUUGACACACAGUGUGAGAAGCUAGUCGGCAAGCUCUUCGACAAGGUCGUCAAAACCCGAUUCACGUGGGAUUUGAGCAUGGGCGGCGUCAAGAAUUCUGCGCUUACUGUGCUGAUAGGCGGCAAAUUCCACUUAUCGAUUUUGAACAGCACUGCGCUUGACGUCUCCUUCAAGCUGCCAGCUAACCUUGAAGUAGAACUGAAGCCCAAUGUGUUUACGCUGAAUGGGCUUUUGGAUACCAUUUGCACCUUUCUCAAGACGAAUUCAAGCUUAGAAAGGUUGGGUGAGCAGAUCUUGACGAAUAAGCAGGACGCGGCGAAGCUAUUUGGCGUCAUGACACUCAAGAAUCUCUCCAAGAAGGUCAUUGCUGCGUUGCUUUGCCGCAGGAUUACUCCACCCGAAAUUUGGCCUGCUGUGGAAACCAAUCUGCCACCAGAUGACAAGAGCCCCAAGCCUGAAGGAAAGCCGCAGCCACAUGACGAGCCGGAAAGCUGGUUUGAGAAGCUUAAGCGAGUCGUCCAGGUUGUUAUUGAGGCUGUUGCCAUUGUAGCCGCUGUCGCAGCCUUCGGAGAGAUCUUUGCUGCGGUGAGUGAGUUCACAGCUGUAGCAGAGGAGACGCUAUUGUUACUAGACAGAGCCAUUGAGGUGCUAAGGACUAUCAAGUCCCCAACUCCGGCCGACCUGGCUAAGCUGGCUGGCUAUGCCAAGCUUCAGUCGGGUUACCAGGGAGCUUUAAAGAACGCUCCAGCCCAGAUCGCACGUGCUGAAGCGCAGAUCCGCCAGAACCUCAACCUGGCCAAGAAACCCGACGCACAGUUCUUGGCGAAGGAUGGCAAGCUACGUCUGAGCAACCUUUCCACCUCGAAGCCCACAGUGUUUGUAUCCGGAGCUACGGCGACCAAAAUUGCCUGGGAUCUUGUCCUGACAGCAACCAAUACUCCGCCUAGUAAUGAUGACACCACGGGAGCUGUUCCAAACCGCUUGUCUAUCGCAGAUGGCCAAAUCGAAGGCGGCAAGCCCAUCGAUGUGAUACGCCCCGAUCUGGUUGGUGCCAAGGAGGUCUACGCCUGGGCGCGCAUGUCUUACACAGAUUCCCUCGGCACUAAUAGUCCUACGUUAACUACAUUUGUAUCCUCCAUCUGGACGCCUGUUAAUGUGGUGAUUGUCAAUGACGCGACUUGGCAGACUCAUCUCAAGUCCGACUUCUCCCUCACUACGGAUCCCACCGUGUCGGUGGCUGAUGGGACCACUCUCCAGGCAGACUGGACUGCAGGGCUGCCGGCUGACGCAGUUAAAACUAUCGUGGGUAGAUAUACAGACAUUGGAAAGCUACAGUGGGAGGUAGUAGCUAGUCUAUCUCAAAACCCUGAGGAGAGGAGUCCUGGCAUUGAGCUCAGUCGCGAGUCGGUUGUGCCGGCCACCAUUACCAAAUGGGCCAAAAAGGUCGAUCCAAAUCUCCUAGGCACGUCUCUGGCUGGAAACAACAACACCAUUAUCCCUCGCGCGACCGUCUUUGUGCAUGUUCGUGCCGUGCUUGAUGUCAGUCUGACAGGAUCACGUCUGACGGCGCCGUGGCGAACAGGUCAAAAGCUAGCUCCUAAGAACAUGCUAGGCCCUGGUGAGUGGCUGAGAGUUGGUGACUACUUGGUGGCGGCGAACGGCAAGCUACGUUUCGUGCUUCAGCCUGAUGGCAGUUUUGUCUUGCUCCAGAUCCUGGGGACAAACACGAAGCAACUGUGGUCCAGCAACACACCGUGCUCCAGCUCAGACGCCCAAAGGCAGAGAGUCAUGAUGCUUGAAAGUGGAAAUCUCCAGCUACAGGUAAUGGCGCCGGACGACGUGUCCGUCCAAGUGGUUCGUUGGGCAAGUAAUACGGAUACCAAGCCCUCCAACGCAGGCGCAAGUCUCGUGCUGCAAGAAGACGGAAGGGCUCAGAUUUACGAAAGUGAUGGCAAAUCAAUCUUAUGGACGACGGGAACAAAAGCGCUCUGGCCACCGUCUCAAAAAGAUCGUUUGCAGGUGGGUGAAGUCCUCUACGCGGGCGACCGGCUCGUGUCGCCGAACGGGAGAUUUGUGCUCGUUUUCCAGGGCGAUGGCAACUUUGUAAUAUAUGAUGGGAGCAAGCCGAUUUGGGCCAUCGAUACCUCGCCGUUUUACAAGCCACGUACUGUACAGAUGCUGGAUGAUGACAACUUGGUCGUGGAUCGAGAGUACGCUACGUGGACGUCAGGAACGCGUAGGAGGCUUGGAGGGGGCCAUGGGUCUCUUAUUAUGCGAGAUGAUGGUGCGGCUGUGAUUGUAUCGGAUGGGACAAUUAUAUGGGCUACCAAAGGGGGUUUGGUCCAGCCUUGGGAGCCGGUUGAUCUUACGCCGUGCAAGCAACCAGGAGAUAUUCUCCGGCCAGGAGAGUUCCUCGCCAAAGGGCAAUCACUUUUGUCCUCCAACAGCGCCGUCUCUGCCACACUACAGACGGAUGGUAACUUUGUCCUAUCCUGGAAGGCCGCUUCCAAUGCGGAAAGAUUAGUGUUGUGGACAACAUCCACGACUUUGAACUCAAUUACACGACUGUGCUUCGGCCUAGUGCCGCGUCAGCUAAAUCUCUACGGCGCUGGAGCUCAGGUCUCUUGGUCGCCACAGAGAGACCGAGAAUGGGGUGCCGACCAAGUUCUCCGUGUCAGUAACGACGGAAACCUUGCCAUUCUGUCCGAGGCUGCAGACCCAUACGACUACUCGGGUAAGACCAAUCGACAAUGGAGUACUGGAACAUCGUUACCCGUACUGCCAAAUAAGGACACCAACGCUCUCCUAACCGGUCAAGGGGUGCUCCUCGGCCAGAGUAUCACCUCAACAAAUGGUAAAUACAGCUUCAGUUUCAAUAAAGCUGGUGAGAUGAUCAUCGCAACGGUCAGUGGCUAUAAGCCUACCGUCAAUUUUGCUUGGAACCCCCGCGGAGACCAAGGAACCCGAACAAACUCUACUAUGCUCUCCUUUACCACGGACGGCUACCUGGAGCUGAAAGACACCACCUCGCAGAUCUGGCGUGAAGGCCCCGGUCAGAAGAGUGGGCCAGGUCGCAUAGUUGGUUUCUGUAUGCGUGAUGACGGUCUUGCUGUCGUGCAAGUUAUGGAGACAAAUGUCCAGGGAGGAGAGAUUCUCUGGACCCUGCCUCAGCCCGUUGGCGAUCGGAUUACCACUGGCCAGAAGCUUUGUGUAAACCAACGUCUGCGCUCAUCCAACGGUGCAUAUGAGUUCAUCCUUCAGGGCGACUGCAAUAUAGUGCUGUACCGGUUCCGCAAGCCGGACAUCAUCCGCCCGUCGCAAAACGAGGCCAUAUGGGUGUCACAAACCUGGGACUCAAGUGACCACCCGGAUAGACUUAUCAUGCAACCCGAUGGGAACCUAGUGGCCUACAAACAGGGCUGGGGUGGGAACAGAGCUUUUUGGAGUACGCAGACCAUGGUUGCAGGUGGCGGGCCUGUGAAGCGCAUGCUGGUGUUGCAGGAUGAUGGUAAUCUUGUGUUGAUGGAAGAGGGGAGUGGUAAAGUUGUUUGGAAUACCGGUACAAAGGGGAACUUUCCUGAGUCAUUCUUCUUCACUGGGCAAGCACCAUCUUUCAGCAUGACCGCCAAAACCCCUCACAUUCCCCACAUCCACCUUCUGUGCAUGGAAGAACAAUUCAGCGAUGCCUUUAACGUUGCCCGCAAGAGCCGCAAGCUGCCCGACUCCGUCUCAAUCGAGAUUCACAAUUGCGCUUUAUCCCAACUCUCAGGAAAAGUCAAAUUCGACACCGUCGUCUCGCCCGCCAACUCCUAUGGUCGUCUUGACGGCGCCUUUGACGACGCUAUUUCUCGACAGUUCUCACCCCGCGAUGAUUACCAUGCUCUCACUGGCGUUGCCCAAGCUCAGCUGUACAAGACGUGGCGUGGUUUCGCACCGCCCGGGACAUGUACUUUGGUCGAAAUCCCAAAGGAUUUUGAAGCAAGAUCACGGAAUGUCUAUGGGACACGUCGUGUUGCGCUUUGUCCGACCAUGCGGAUGCCUGCUGAGGUGAGAUGGGAUAAGGAGGUUAUUUAUGAGUGUAUCUGGAGUUUGCUCUGUGCGAUCGACAACCAUAAUCGCGAUGCGUCUGAACUUGAUCGGAUUGAGAGUGUUCUUAUGACUCCAUUGGCAACAGGUGUUGGAAGGGUUAGUCCGGAGAAGUGGGCGUUGCAAACUGUUCUGGCGAUGAAGCAUUUUGUCGAGGCUUCUGAGAAUCCGGAGAAAUGGAGCUCUUUGCAGUGGGCUGAUCUCGGCAGAACUUGUGCGGAGACGCAGCUCACCUGGACAAAAUAG